UACUCAGAAAAUGAAGAUUAUGAAGAGGACUAUGAGGAUGAAGGGGAUUACAAAUCUGAGGUAGAAGAGAUAGAUUAUGAAAGGACUGAUUGUAUAGAGGAACAAUGGAAUACGUGGGAGGUGGAUGAGAGUGAAGUAGUGGACAUGAAUCGGCAGGAACAAGGUGGUGAGAAUAUGAGAAUGGAAAAGGAGCUAAAUGUCACUUUCCAGGACAAAGUAUACUUAGUAGACGAUUUAAGGGCCAUCCAGGGUGAAGAAAGCUUCUCUGAUGUAACCUGGAUGGAAUGGAAGCCCAAAAAAAAUGUUCCUUGGCCCCUUACACCUGAAGAAGUUAUAGAAGCCUCAGAGAAAGAAAAUGACCCCAAGUAUGAGAGUGAUGAAAGAUCAUCUGAUAGUAAUUAUUCUUCUUCUUCACAAUGGGAAACGUCAGAUGAUGAUGAGUCCCAAAUAGAAGUUGUAAUAAACAGUGGAUCGACAAGUCUAACCACUCUAGAGGAAGAAACCUUGACCAAAGAGUGGAAGGUUAAUAAGAGUCUUGCAGACCAAGUAAAACAAGAGGAUGCAAUGAUGGAUGAAUUUAUCAAAUGGCCAGAAGAUGACCAGGAAGAAACCUUUAAGCCACAAGCCAUUGAUAUCAGCGCAGAAGGAAUUGAAGAUGCUAAAAAUUGGUCUUUGCAGGGAAAACCCAGCGCUUCGAAAAUGAGUUCUUCCUCUAUGACCAUCCUACCCUUAAUGACCAUAUAG